GGGUGGUUUAGCGGCUUUUGGCGGUUUUCGGCGGGGCUCGUGGCGACACUAACAAAACUCCAUCCACUAUGUAAAUUUUCCAUCCACUCCCGAAGAUGAAAGCCAUGGCGGAUGGGCCGGAGUGUUUCAGCUUGGGAAGUGUGGUCAGUUGUAAAACUUUCUACGACCAGGUGAUCGAGGGAGAGGUCUUAGCGUUCGACCAACCAACCAAGGCACUCAUGCUGAAAUGUGAGAGUUCCAGCGGAAAGGCCAACGUCAGCGACGUGCGGAUGCUGAACCUCGACUUCAUUGCUGAUGUCGUCGUCAAAAAGGAAGCAGGCUCGAGUCCUGUGCCACCGCCACAACCCCUAAACAUUGACAAGCUCAAGACGAGAGCGCGACAAAAUAUUGAGGAGCGCCAGCGCCUGGCUGCCGCUGUUUCGGCGGGGGUGAGCCCCGAGGGAAUCCACCUCUUCCUGGCCAUCCGGAAAACAAUUGACGAGGUGACGUGGCAAGACAAAAACAUCAUAGUCAUGAACGAAGUGACCAUCCUGCCACCCUACCGGCCCGAAAACUGCAAGGGGAAGUCGGACAACGAUCCCAGCGUCCUCCAUGUCCGAAAGAUUGUGGAGAAGCACAUCCGAGACCAGCAAAAGCAGACCCAGGGUCCGGCCCGCCAAACGUCGCCCCCACAGCAGCCGUCUCCAAAGGCUUGACCGAGGAGCCGGGCUUCUGCCCUACGACUCCAACGCAGAUUCAUUUCUUCAAUCCCUCCCCUAACCCGCCCCCCUCCUUCCUCCGCAAAAGAAAGACGAACGUGUUGCCAAAGGCACAUUGACCGCACAGACGACGGAGACAGCUCGACCGCCGGCAAAGCCAGUCGACUCUUCCAGGCCCGUCCGAUUGGCACUUCAUUUCCGUUUUUUACUUACCUCAUUUUCCCACCGCUCUCGGGUCUGAGGAAGCGGCUAUAAUUUGUCGCCUUGCAUUUUACCAUAGUCGCCGACAGGAUGGGGACAGCGGGGAGGAGUCAGUGGUCCUGCCUCCAGCGCCAGCUUUCUACUUUCGAUAAUGCUUCGGCGUUGCACAUGCAGCCGAAGCGUAGUACGUUCGAAAGGGGCGCUCCGCUGUUCUCACCCCUUCGGUGACGACGUCGGUCCCCUUCUUUUUUAAUGUGACUCAUUUGAAUCCACCCCUCCAUCAUCUGUUUUUGCUCUCCUCCCCCACCACUCUUUUAGUUUUUAAUUUGAUGCGCCGCCCUCCCACUCCUGUUAAACGAGUCCAUUCCUGUCCAAAAGCCUACCUUGGUACUAUUUUAAAAUUUCGUUAGUGAACUUGUUUUUUCUUUGAAUUAGGGAUGCAAGUGCAAGCGUGCCCCGACAAGGACUCGGAAGGAGAAAGAAAAAGGAAUUGAUGAAGACGCGGCCUCUCUGCGGCUUGAGGCAGAGCUACAUUCCCCCUUGUGUUUUGUUUUACGUUUCGCUCCCACCCAUGACUUUGCCUCUUCCGUGCACCGAGACCACCGAACGGGGGCUCGUGUCGAUCAAGGUCGGUUGGGCCCGCCUGUGGCUUCUGGCCGACUGCAAAGAAGAAAGAGGGAGAGCAAAGGGUCCCGGAGAAUGACUGUCGACAGCGGCUUCCGAGUCUGCACGGGGGACGGACAGACAAGAAAAUAUGAUGCCAGAGGAGCAAAAGCUCGGCAAUAAACGAAGGGAACAUGAAAGAA